AUCAUCAUCAUCAACAACAUUAUCAAUAUCAAUAUCAAUAUCAAGAUGGAAACCAGAUUAGCACCUAAUUCUAAUCCACCACCUUAUGCACUAGCAGUUCAACGUGUUUAUAGUAAACCAUUAAGACCGAUUGUGCUUUUUACUUCUUCAAUCUCAUUAAUAUGGUCAUUGGUUUUGGGGGUUAGGUUUUUUCAAGAUCGGUCUGAAGGAAUUGAUACGCCUAGAAUGAUGGUCUUUGGUCUUAUUUUAGGGAUCCUUUUCUUUGUGAUUGCUGGUGUUGAAUUCUUUGGAAUGAUUGCAGCCAUCACUCAAAAGAUCAUCUUAACAAGAAUCUAUUUUCUUUUAUCAGGUCUAGCAGCCUUAGUAACCUUUGUAGCCGAAUUGAUCCGAGUCAUUGCACAUUUCUUAGUCAAAUCAGAUUUAAUUAGUUCAUGUAUGAAUCAAGUCACGGGGGCAAAAGCUCAAACUUUGUCAGGUACGAUUGCUUCGAUUGAUUCUAAUGAAGCUCAAAAGUUGUGUGAAGAUGAUUGGCAACGUGGGAUUUGGUGGGAUGUGGGUUGGUUGGUCUUGACGACUUGUUUGGCUCUUUUGUUUGCUGGUUUGGCUGGGGCUUAUUAUCAUCAAUUACUCGAUCCAUCAUUCACACGUACCUCCUCACUAAACCCACCACUCGAAAUACAUCCAUCACAUCAAACUCAUGAAUCUUAUCCAAUGGGACCUUACUCACAUCAAGAUUCACCAUUUAUUCCUCCUAAAUAUACACCGGCUUUGAUGAAUGGAGGACCACCGGAAUAUGUGGUGGAAAAGAAAAGUGGGAAUGAUUUGGAUGGGUCUUUGGAAAGAGUUAGUUUAUCGGAUGAUCGGUUGGGAGUUCAGACAAAUGAUAGAAGAUGAAAGAUGGAAAUGGAAAUGAGGAAAAAAACAGAUGGGAGUUGGGAUAGAUACGAAUGGUUUUUUUUUGUGAUGUUUUGAUUUGUUUGUAACCAUUGAUAUGUUUUUUAUACAUUUUGGGUUGGGUUGGGUUGGUUUUUCUUUUCUUGAGGAUUUUUGGGUCUUUUUCUGUAUUGUUUCCUAUCUGAGUUUUUUUUCUUGGUUUUUUCUCCCUCCCCUCUCCUUACUCAGUUUCAACUCUUGGUGUAAGAUCUUUUUUGGUUGCAUAUGUGUGAUUUGUGAGAUGUGAUUAUGGUUAGUUUGGGGGUUUUUGGAAGUGGUGUUGUUUUGUUGUUGUUGUUUUGUUUGGUAUCAAAUUUAUAGAAUGUGGGAAAAAGUGUGGGUUUUUUUUGUAUGAAUCUAGGAGGUUUAUGUUUAUUAGAGAAAGAAAACAUGAUGUAGGAUUUCUUGGUUUUUUUAUAUUUGAUGAAAUUAUAUUAUAGGAAAUAUAACAUA